AUGUCAAUUCCUUCCAGUCAAGUCGUCAUGGGAGCUACAAACAGCAAGGCGCUUCCGCCGCCUCCAUCCGAUGCGACCACCGACGGCGGCACCGCUACGCCGUCGUCGAAUGGGUCGUCGCCUAGUGACUUCUCUGCAGUCGAACAGGCCUUGGACAUCACGCUGAACGUGUUGCUGCUAUACGGGACCUACGUGUGUGUGCAGUACCUGUACAAGUCUUACAAGCCCAUGAUCGAAGACAUGUACUUGUCGAAGGACACUGCGGCGAAGCUGAAGAAGCGCCUGGCAGAAUCCAAACGCGCGACGAUCACAAUGAACCACUACGAAUCUAUCAUCGCCGCCGAUCUCGUCGACCCCGCCGACCUUCACGUCACGUUUACAGAUAUCGGCGGCCUCGACGCCCAGAAGCGAGACCUCCAUGAGCUGGUGGUGCUGCCGUUGCAGUGUCCCGACUUCUUCGCCACGUCCAAGCUACUGUCCGUACCCAAAGGCAUCCUGUUGUAUGGUCGACCGGGUACGGGGAAGACGCUUCUCGCGAAAGCAAUCGCAAAGGAGUCUGGCGCCUUCUUCAUCAACCUCAAGAUUAGCACCCUCAUGAGCAAGUGGUUCGGUGAGAGCCAGAAGCUGGUCAAGGCCGCCUUCUCCCUCGCAAAGAAGCUCUCUCCAUGCAUCAUCUUCAUCGACGAAGUGGACAGCUUCAUGGGAGCUCGGAGCGGCGGCGCCUCGGACCCCACGUACAAUUCCAUGAAGACGGAAUUCCUGGCGCUAUGGGACGGAUUUGCAGACACCACGGCGCCGGACGCCGGAGGAUUUGGCGUGAUCGUCCUCGGCGCGACCAACCGACCUGCGGAUGUCGACGCAGCAUUCCUCCGCCGCAUGCCGCGGACGUUUGAAGUCGAGCUUCCCGACGCCGCCCAGCGCGAACAAAUCCUUCGAGUGCACUUGAGGGGCGAAGAGUUGGCUGCCGACGUCAACUUGACGCACUUGGCGCGGGAUACUGUGCAUUUCAGCGGCAGUGAUUUGAAGGAAUUGUGUCGUGCGGCGCUCAUGCUUCCGUUGAGAGAACACAUUGACGCAUUUCAAGCUGCUGCUGCGGCUGCCGCUGCUUCGUCGACGGACCAAUCUGCGCCCGCCGUCGCUCACCCGGCGUCGAAGCGGCCUGUGUCGGCUGCUGACUUUGCCGCCGCACGGACUCGCGUGCAUGCAACCGGUGCGACGGCAUACGCGUAUGCCAACGAACACCAAGCCAGCGACCAACAUUCUUCAUCUCCUGCGAUCACUCCUGAGAUGUUGGCUGCCAUGAUGGCGAUGGGGAUGCAGCACAUUAUGCAACAAGCGGCGGGUCCGCCGCCGCCGUCAUCCCGCCGUUGA